CGUAUGGGUGGGGGCGGCAGGGGCUUUUUAUGUAUCUGCGUCGUUGGCUGAAACAUGAAAGAGAAACUAAAGGGGAAUUGGGGGAUUUACAGAUACCACGCCAAGGGGAAUGACAUGAAUUAUUUGGUGAGUUCAAAGUUGUUUUUACAUCACUUACAACGUAAGCUUUCGCAAUCAUUCUCGUUUAAACGUAUUUCUUUGUUAAUCUGAGGCAGCGUGUAAGUUUAGGUGUGAUGAAUUUCAUUUGAGGUUAUAUACUUUUUUCAGAAAUCUUUUUAAUCUGGAGUAUCAGAAAGAGGUUCAGAAGAAUACAAGAACACAACAAAUACAUAGUCCAGUCAAUAAUUUAAGUAAAAAUAAGGAAUGUUUGUUGCUUGGUUUCGAACACUCCCUGCCCAUGUAUGAAGUGAAAAGUAGAAUGAACACAAGAAGCACAGAAAUGGGGAUCAUAAAAGAAGAUGCACAAACUGCACAGGCACAGGUUGCAGUCAGUACUAAAGUAGUGAGUGUGAAAGUGGAUCCAGUAACAGGAGAAAAAUUUAUCAUGCUGAAUGGAAAAAGAAUCAAAAUGGCAAACAUUGGUUUGAAUAAAAGUACCCUUGGAACCAAUGUUGAGAAAACAACUAGCUUGCCACUUAAAUUUCCUCAUAUACCGCAGAUAAUUAAUGAAAUAAAUAUCAAUGAUAUAGAUAAAAUACGGCAAAUAAACAAAAAUAAGCCAAUAAAUACAAUGUCACAUAGUCAUAAAAUGGGGAAUCCCAUGGCUGACGAUAAGGAAAGCACAAUUGUGGUUAUAUGUAAAAAUGAAAAGUGCGAGUUGGCAAAUAAAAUGAAAGUGAAUGUUGCAGAGUUGAAGCAGCGCAAAACAGAUACACCCAAAAUGGAGUUACUAGCAAGUAAUAUAAUUGUUAGGGAUGCAAAAGGUUUUGUUAAGACAAAGCCAGUAACAACAGCUGAAUGUUCCGUGGAAACAGACAUAACUUCUGAACACAUGGAUAUGCUUCUAAAAAAAAACUUUGAGAGUAAGGAGGUACAGACUAAUAUUAAAAUUCAGCCUGAUUGCAAGGUAAAUGAAAAUCUAGGCAUUGACUCCCCUUUGGAUGAAGUUGUUGGCUUUUUAUCUCCUAUAAGUGUGGCAGAAUAUUUAAAUCCUCUAGACCUUAAUCUGAAUCCAUCAAUUCCCAGAUCUGAUAAAUCUAGUAUUGAAAAGAAUCUUUUCAAAGAACUUAAAGCUGUAUUAGUUGCAGAUGAGAAAGGAAAUGUGCCUAUACAUCAAGCUGUUAUUAUGAAUGACUUGAAAAAAGUUAAACAAAGUGCAUGUAUCUUAAGUGUACUUAAUGUGCCAGAAUAUAUAGAUUUGAAAAAUGAUGAUGAUCUUACUCCUCUGUUCUUGGCCGUGAUACAUGGAGCAAGUACGGAAAUAAUCUUAUUUUUGUUGCAAAAUGAAGCAAAUGCGAACAAUGUUGACAAUGAUGGCAACAGUGUAUUACACUUGGCUGUUGAGUAUCAAAGAAGUGAUGCACUUGAAACUAUACUGUCUAAUUCCAGUUUAGAUUUGAAUCCUGUUAAUCACCAAGGUUUUACUCCUUUAAUCAUGUGUUGUAUGAGUAGCAGCCCUGUUAAUUACAGCUGUGCAUCCCUUCUUCUGCAUCAUGGUGCGGAUCCGAAUGUUAAAGAUGCUAACUCUGGACGAACUGCAUUAUUUCAUGCAGUUGAAAUUGGAAAUGAGGAAGCAGUGAAGCUGUUGUUGAAGCACAAAGCGGAUCCGAAAGAGAAGAACUUCUUUGGCACGAGUCCGCACGACGUAAUGUUCGAAAUCGACGUGUCGGAUUCGAUGAAGAAGCUGAUUUUGGGAAAGGCGAGCAAGAAAAGGACAUGCGAAGAUGCUGCUUUGCGAGGCACGGUGCUCGUAGAUAGAUCGGCGCAUGCUGCCUCGAGGGGCCCCCAGGCCAAGAUACUGACUUAUCCCAGCUUGAAGAGGAUUAAAACUGAAGAAUACAAUGCAUGCUCUGGUUUGACAAGAUAACGUUUUGUAAUGUAAUGUUACUCAAGUAACCCCCACUGUAACAGGGAUGUCAAAAAUUGAUCCUCUCGUAUAUUAAGAUAAUGAUUUUAGAUAUCUGUGCAUGAUGCCCCUGAAUUUGUGGAUCAUACUCGAAUAUACCGCAUAGAAACUAUCGAUUAUAUGAGGCCCACUAUUCAUAUUUUGAGCCUAAUCAUGCAAAAAUUUGCCAUUGGAAAUCAGUUUUUAAAAAUAUCGUCCAAUUAUAAUCUAUACCCUUUUUCAUGCGUUCAAAUCAUUUUUCACUCUGCUUGAGAUAUCUCCAAAACACGCGUCAUGAACGUAUCAACAGCUUCUGCCGACGAAAAUCGUUGUCAACGCAAUUUAUUUUCGAUCUAGGGUAACAAAAAUGAGUCAUUGGGUGCCAAAAAAUGGACUGUAUAUGGAAUGACCCAUUAAGUCAAUGUGUUGAGUGCUUGAGAGAAUGAUCGGAAGCCGCUUGUUGCUUUUCGUUAUUUUACAGAAGACUUUCGACAAACAAAUUGUUGUGUAGCAUUGAGAAUUAACCGUUCUUCGUUCCUCUAAAGGACGUUUUUUCGAAUAAGCAGGCGACGAACUUUUUUCGGUUUCGGCCCGUCUUGAAACCGCCGUACAGUCGACUGCUGUUUCCUUCCCGGCUCGUACACAUAGUUAUAGGAUUUCGUCACCUAUUGCAAUUUUUUUAAGCACCGCCGUUGUAUUUUUCGAGCAUCUUUUUGCACCAAUUAACACGAGCCUCUUUUUAGGCAUUUAUCA